AUGCCCGACACACGACCCCUCGCAGGAAUCCGCGUGGUCGAGCUUGCAGGCCUAGCUCCCGGUCCUUUUGCUGGACUAUUACUCUCCGAUUACGGGGCAUCCGUGCUGCGCAUCGAUCGGCCAAACGCUGUGAGUAGCGAUCAGUUAACGCGUCAUAAAACCUCUAUCACUCUGGACCUCCGGAAUAAGGCAUCGCAUAACAUCCUCCUUUCUGUGUUGGCCAAAGCCGAUGUUCUCAUCGACCCUUACCGCCCCGGCGUUCUAGAACGCCUGGGUCUUUCACCAUCGGAUAUCCUCUCGAAUCAUAACCCUCGCUUGAUUGUGGCGCGCAUGACGGGAUUCCGACGAGACGGUAAAUACAAGGACAUGGCGGGUCAUGAUAUAAAUUACAUUGCGGUAUCGGGGGUCCUCUCUCUGCUCGGUCGGGCCGGGGAACGCCCCUAUGCCCCCGGCAAUAUCCUUGGCGACUUCGCAGGCGGAGGCGCCAUGUGUUUUAUGGGGAUAUUGCUUGCUCUGAUGUCGCGCACACGCACGGGACGGGGCCAGGUUGUGGAGGCUAACAUGGUCGACGGGUCUGCAUACCUGGCGGCGUUUCCGCGGCUGAACCGACAGACGCCGCUGUGGAGUGGGCCUCGGGGGCAGAACAUGUUAGACGGCGGCAGUCCGUUCUAUGACACGUAUGAGACCAAGGACCCAGGAAAGUAUUUUGCAGUUGGGGCCUUAGAACCCCAAUUUUACGCCGAGCUCCUCAAGGGACUUGGGUUCGGCUCCGAAGAGCUUCCCUCUCGGGACGAUAGGAAAAAUUGGCCGGCCCUGCGAACGGCGUUUGCGAAGCGAUUCAAAGAGAAAACGCGGGCGGAGUGGGAAUCUAUUUUUGACGGGACGGAUGCUUGCGCGACACCUGUAUUAGAACAGGAUGAACUCGAACAAGGUGGUUUUGAGCAGCGACCUGCCGUUCAUCUUGUUGACACGCCAGCAGCGCCCAUUGCGGCAAAUGAUGGGGGCUGGACGGGAGGUGGCCUGACGCCGGGGGUUGGUGGACAGGAGACGUUGACGGCCUGUUCCGCCGGAGAAAUUACUGUCUUUAUCAGUGAUGCUGUCAUUGACUUUCAUUUUUAUCUUUGUUGUAUACUUCUAACCCAGAUCAAGAAACUUUUCCACUAA